AUGCCCACCUGCAGGACUGAGCAGGACAUCAUGCUUCAAGUUUCUGGGUACCAUCCACCCAAAUGGUGGGAAGACCCAAGCAUGUACAUCAGAUCCUUGGAAGCUGACGAUGAAGAGGCAGGUUGCAUCACCUUACACCAUAUCUUUAUUGGCAAGCUGCUCAUCUGCUCAUCUUGUGGCACCAUCGACAAUUAUGAUGAAUUAUAUCCUUUGCAGCGGUGGGAAGACCCAAGUGUGUACAUCAGAUCCCUGGAAGCUGAAGAUGCAGAGUUCCAUGACUGCGCCCGCCCCCAGUCCAUCUCACCCAGCACUUAUUUUGUUCCACCCAGUACUUGCUGA